AAAAAACAUUACCCUUAUCAACAUGUAAAGUCUGAUAAUCUCUCAUUCCGGGAAAAGUGAAAAUGCUGACCUUACAACACAGUAGCUUCGUCUCAUUCUGUCCUAACGACAACAAACUCCGAAGCUUUGCUAAUGGCGUCACGAUAAUGUCGAAAAGGAGAGACUUUUCAGAGAAAUCAAACGAAGAACGACCCAUCUUGCGAAUCAAAGUCCCCAACACAAUCGUCGCUCGAUCUGCGAUCGCUGUUCUGAGUUUGGGAUUCAUCGAUGCUGGGUAUAGUGGUGAUUGGUCAAGAAUAGGUGUGAUCUCCAAAGAAACAGAGGAAUUGUUGAAGAUUGCUGCUUUUCUUGUUGUUCCUCUCUGUAUCUUCCUCGCCCUUUCAUUUUCCAAUGAUUCAACUGAUUAGAGGUUCCUUGAUUCCUUCUAUAUAUAGCUCUGCUUUAUCUUUCAGAAAGAAUCAAUUAGAUUAGAUCUUUGUAUCAUGAAGCUUGAACAAUACUUGUAGGAAAUUGAGUUUUUGUUUACUUUUGAAUAUCUUGGAUGGUACAUUGCGUCUUCUAUGGGGACAAACAUACAUUGAUACAUUGAAUGAAGUA